ACAGAUGAACUUAUUCGUCCUACAUGUAUCAAUAUCAAAUAAAGUUGCGUCAUCUACUUCGAAUCAAGCCAGUCUCUUCUCAGCUACGGAACACUUAGGAUUCAGGAUGAAAACUUACUACAGUUGGAUGUUUGCAGUGCUAUAUCUGGCACUGAGCCGCGGUCCAUCAUUAACCAAUCAGCAGAAAGCGGAAUGCGAUGGCAUAAACAGAUACGUAAUUCCAAACUUUACGACUAACUGGUUUAAAGCCAUGGAAUAUUGUCAUUAUCUAGGCCUGAAGUUGACGAGAGUACAAUCCAUGGACGAGCAGAAUGCCAUCGUUAAAAUUAUCGAGACUACCGAUAAGGAUAAUAGCACCACAAUGUGGACUGGUGGUAACGAUUUAGGAGAUUCGGAUAACUAUCACUGGUACUCAACAGGAAACAGAGUAACGUGGUUCAAUUGGGUGCAACAGAAAGACAAUGUCUACAACCACAGGAACGACCAAUAUAACAGAAGAGGACAUUGCUUGCAUUUUGUAUAUCAAACUGAGCUCAAUGAAUGGAGAUGGAGUACUGAUGAAUGUCACCAGAACAAAUACUUUGUUUGUGAAAGAUUUUAAUGUUUGAAGGACAAAUAAAUUGCAU